UGUAAAUAGACGAGAGCUGAUUAUAGGCUGGGACUACAGCCAAGGUUUGAGAGAGCCUCAGGGUGUUUUACAUUUAAAAUGUGAUGCCUGACAGGAUCAGUGUGUCUGUCUUAACCCUGUAGUGGAAUGGUAUUGAUCUUUCGUUUGGAAUGGAGCUGGUGACACAACACAUGCAGCAUUGUAAAGCUGUGCACUAACAUACAACCCGAUCCCCCUGGAAAACAAGGAAUAUGAGGGUAUGUUGUGUGACUAUGACGCUCCAAGACUGACUGUGCAAGGUGAAAGGGUUAAGACAGCUUCUUGAUUAGCAUGAGACUGGGUUGGCUGUCUUGCUUCCUGCCCUUCAAUAGCUUUUCACUGCAUUCAAAGGCACAGAGCCAUUCAACAGAGGACAGAGCAAGCUUUGCAGAGCUGGGAAUACCUGAAGCAAACUGUUUAGGUCUAAUUGUAUUGUAGACCCCUAAGCUUGAAGGAGUGGCCUGGUGAGAGCGAUAAAUAAUGGAAUAUGAACAGUGGCAGGAAAAGGCUACGAGUGGACCAAGAGAAGGGGAGAGACGCUGAUCGCCAAUCCGAGGAUUUCUCUUUUUCAUCACUGUGAAAAUUGGUACAGGCGCGUGCCUGGGAUAUGAUGCGAUGGGGGCUUUUGCACGCCCAGUGUGUAAGGAACAGCUGUGUGGCUGUGAAGAAUGAAUAUUGUCCCUUGAUUACUGCAAUGCCGAUUUAGAUUGCCUCAUUGAUUCGCUUCACGGAGCCUGAUAGGUGAAGAGAGGAGGAAAAAAAAUCUACUUACGUCGUCAUUGCCUCCUCAUUUUAAUGCCACAACCAUUGGGAUAUUGACGUUGGUGUUUUUUUUUUUUUUUUUACCUGCUCCCUCAAGAUCUUAGGUGCAAGAUUUCAGGUUGAAAUCAAAUUCUGUGGGUGUUUUUUCCCAGUAUUUGCUGGGUUCUUUUGUGUUGUGCCUCACAGUUGGCUAAGCAGCCCUAUGCUGAAUCAAGCUAUUGUUUGGGAUCUCAGAGCUUUCACGCUACAAAUCUCUGCUCACUCCCCCUCCCCUUCUUUGGCUGAGAAGCCACAUAAUGUGCCUUUCCUCCACAUGAAUCUGGAAGCUAUAAGCUGGAUUGAUUGCAAAUGAAGUGUAAUGCAUUGUGGGACGUGUGUAAAAUUGGAUCAUUCGAGGGAGAAAACGAACGGACCCGCAGCUGGCUUCCUAGAAGAGGUAGCAGCAAAAUGUUUGCAGCCCAUGCUCAAGCUGUGUGCUUAAUGUUUUGAUGAAAAAAAGGGAACAGCGGUGAGGCCUGUCUCAUGCAGCUGGACAAUUAGGCUUCAGGUAGCCUCAGAAUGAAGAAGACUCGGAGUACAACCUUACGCCGGGCCUGGCCUAGUGCUGAUUUCUCUGACCGGGCCUCAGACCGCAUGAGGUCCCGGAGUGAAAAGGACUAUCGCCUGCACAAACACUUUCCACCAGCUUUUAUUUCCCAGGCAUCACGAGGCUAUAUGACAUCAGGUGAUGUUUCGCCCAUCAGUAUGUCUCCAAUCAGCCAGUCACAGUUUAUCCCUCUUGGGGAAAUCCUUUGCUUGGCCAUCUCCGCUAUGAACUCUGCAAGGAAACCGGUCACGCAAGAAGCACUAAUGGAGCACCUGACCACCUGUUUCCCAGGUGUGCCAACCCCAAGCCCUGAGAUCCUGCGACAUACACUCAAUAUGCUUGUCCGAGAAAGGAAAAUCUAUCCUACUCCAGAUGGAUACUUUAUAGUGACGCCACAGACUUAUUUCAUAACCCCCUCCCUUAUAAGAACUAACAGUAAAUGGUACCAUUUGGAUGAGAGGAUACCUGACCGGUCUCAGUGUACCUCUCCACAACCAGGAACUAUUACGCCAUCCCCUUCAGGAUGUGUCAGGGAUAGAACUCUCUCCAAAAACCACUGCGACUCUUGUCAUUGCUGCAGAGAAGAUAUGCAUAGCAUCCAUGCAUCUACCUUACAAAGGAAAUCUGCAAAAGACUGCAAAGACUCAUAUUGUCCCCCCUCAUUGUGCCAGAUUCCCCCUACAGAGAAAAGUAAAAGUACCAUAAAUUAUUCAUAUAAAACAGAAACCCUCUCAAAACCUAAAGAUGGGGAAAAGCCAUCUAAAAAAUUUGGUCUAAAAUUGUUCAGGCUGAGUUUUAAAAAGGACAAGGCAAAACAGCUGGCAAAUUUUUCAGCCCAAUUCCCUCCUGAGGAAUGGCCCCUUAGAGAUGAAGACACACCAAAUACUAUACCCCGGGAAGUAGAGAUGGAAAUCAUUAGACGAAUAAACCCAGAUUUAACAGUGGAAAAUGUCGUGAGGCACACUGCACUAAUGAAAAAACUUGAAGAAGAAAAAUCUCAGAGAAGCAAAGCUGGCUCAUCAGCUCAUCAUAGUGGAAGGAGCAGAAGAAGCAGGACACAUAGAAAAACUCAUGGAAAAUCUCGGUCACAUAGCAAGAAUAGGGCUUCCAAAGGUGACCCUUCUGAAGGAUCCCACUUAGACUUGCCUGGAGAGAGAGAAUAUGAAUUUUAUCAUCCACGGAAUCGAUCACCAAGGGAAGGCUGUUUUAUAAUGGAGCGCAAAGGAGGAGAGAAUUUUGUAGUACUCAGUAAUCCAAAUAUGAUAGAAUCACAUUUUCCUGUUACACCAGAAUGGGAUGUGUCUGGUGAACUGGCCAAAAGGAGGACUGAAAUGCCUUUUCCUGAACCCUCGAGGGGGAGUUCCCAUUCAAAGGUCCAUCGAAGCCACAGCCAUACACAGGAUAGGAGGUCAAGGAAUGAAAGGUCAAGUAAAGCCAAGGAAAGAUCUAGGUCAAUGGACAACUCAAAGGGACCUCUAAGUGGUGCUUCUUUAGGUACACCAGAUGACUUAGGUGAAGGCUGCAGCCUUGAUGAGAAAACACCAAGCCAGUCUUAUAUAGACGAUGGUACUCUAAGGCCAUCACAUAGUAGUUUGAGUCAUCAAAGGACUCUAUCUUACAAAGAUCCAUGCGUUCCAGAAUUAGCUAGUGGUGGUGCCGAUACCCCUAAAUCAUGUAACCUGUUGGAACAAGGCAAGCUUCCAGAGACUUUAUCAUCGUACAGUGAACUUAAUUCUUGUUCCAAAAAAACAGCAGAUGACUAUUUUCAGUGUAAUACAUCUAGUGAAACAAUUCUCACUGCUCCAUCCCCUUUAGGCAAAAAUAAGGAGGACAUUGACAUGCCAAGUCUCACAGAAGGCUUAAAAAGACUUUCUCCUGCUGAGAAGCAACAACAACAUAUAGCGAGAGAACAAGGGGAAUACAAAGAUGACUCCCCAAAAGGUACUGUUAGUGGUCUAUCAGUUGCUGCAACUAGUCAAAGCCCAGAAUUGAUUGCAAAUGGGAGGUUGGUACCACAUCAUAAUGCCGAAUCAAGCAGCCUUGACAAAAGGAAAGAAAUUUUCAGUAAAGAUACUUUAUUCAAACCUUUGCACAAUAGCCUAUCUGUGAACAGUUUUCAUAAAUCAGGUGUGGGUUUACUGAAAUCGCACCAAAAAACUUCUCCUGAAACACUGCCAGCAAGCAUUGAGAACUUUGAGCAACCAAUUACCACCUCAGUCACCCCAAACCUUGCCGUCUCACCCAGGCCUCAAGAGCCAGCAGGAAAUCAAGAAGCCUCUUUUGACUACUAUAAUGUGUCAGAAGAUGAUGAGUCAGAGGAAGGGACGCAGAAACCAACAGAGGAGGAAAAAAACCGAGAUGACGUGGGGACGAUGCAGUGGCUGCUACAACGGGAGAAGGAAAGGGAUUUACAAAGGAAGUUCGAGAAAAACCUCACACUUCUGAAUCCAAAGGAAACGGACAGCAGUGGCAGCCAGAGAGCCACCCACUCGGCUCGCUUGGACAGCAUGGACAGUAGCAGCAUUACUGUAGAUAGUGGAUUUAACUCCCCACGUACACGUGAAAGCCUGGCUUCCAAUACUUCAAGUAUUGUUGAAAGUAACAGACGGCAGAACCCAGCUCUCAGUCCUGCCCACGCUGGUGCUGGUCCAGCUUUUAACUUCCGAACAUCUGCUGCAGAAACCACAACAACGGAUGCUGAUAAACUACAGAAACCCGCUAACUGUUUGCAAGCUUCUGUAACUAGUGUUUGAUAGCCGCUCAGCCUCAAAUCUUGUUCUGUUUCAUCCUCUACAGCAAAGUUUACUACACUGGGACCGAUGUUUACAUCUCUUUACAAGCAAGCCUCACAUCCACAGUUUUUGUGUCUUUCUAAAACUGUGCUGCUAAUUAGCCCAGGGGGCAACAACAAGAACAGAAUACCAACUUUUUGUAGUAUUAUUAUUGUUAUUAUUAUUUUGGUUUUGUUCUUUUUUUUUUUUUUCUUGCCAUCAUUUUUUUUCCCCAUAACGUAGAGCUCAGUAGAAAGUGAAAAAUGAUAGAAGUAAAUAUGCACAUUAUUCUUCAUGUAAAUGUAACAGAGCACAUUCAAGAGUCUAAACACUGUAAUUUUCUUAUUUUAUUUUUUGGGGCGCUGUGCGGCAUACAGCAGAGUACUUCCUUUAAAGCAGCGGUGCUCGGUAGAAAACACAACUUUGUAGAUUUGCAGAACAGUUUUUAUUCUGUCCUGUGUUAUAAAUAAAGAGAAAUAGAGAAAAGAAUAUUUAUUUUUACCAAGACACAAAUGAUAUGAACCUAAUUUUAAAUGUAUACACUAUAUAUAUAUA